GACAAGAUUGAUACCCUACUUCGCCUUUCUUCGCAGAAUAUCAAUCGCCCACCAUGGCCCCUUCUCAGCUCCCUCCGAUCUUCAACCCCACGCCCCAGGACAUUGAGAUGCUGCUUGCAGCUCAAUGCCACCUGGGAUCCAAGAACCUCCAGGUUCACAUGGAGCCUUACCUCUGGAAGACUCGCCCCGAUGGCAUUAACAUCAUCAACAUCGGCAAGACCUGGGAGAAGAUCGUUCUGGCUGCCCGUAUCAUCGCCGCUAUCGACAACCCUGCCGAUGUCUGCGUGAUCUCCGCUCGUCCCUACGGCCAGCGUGCUGUCCUGAAGUUCGCUUCUCACACCGGUGCUACCGCUAUUGCCGGUCGCUUCACCCCCGGUAACUUCACCAACUACAUCACCCGCUCUUUCAAGGAGCCCCGUCUCAUCGUCGUUACCGACCCCCGCACCGACGCCCAGGCCAUCAAGGAGGCCAGCUAUGUCAACAUCCCGGUUAUCGCCCUUUGCGAUACCGACUCUCCCACUACCUUCGUUGACGUUGCCAUCCCCACCAACAACAAGGGUCGUCAUGCCAUCGGUCUGGUCUGGUGGCUCCUUGCCCGUGAGGUCCUCCGCCUCCGUGGUACCCUUGCUUCUCGCGAGGUCGACUGGGACGUUGUCGUCGACCUUUACUUCUACCGCGACCCUGAGGCUGAGGAGACCAAGGAGAUUGCUGAGGAGGCUAAGGUUGCUGGUGCCGAUGAGAUUGGUGCUGGCGCUAUUGAGUCUGGAUUCGCUACCGACAGCUGGGAUCCCCAGGCUGCAGGUGCUUCUGGCUCUGCUUUCGCUGCUGCUACUGGUGUUGCUGCCACCAGCUGGGAGGCUGACACUGGUGACUGGGCUGCCAGCACCGCUGCUGCCGCUCCUACAGGUGAGUGGGGUGCUGAGGCUCCCGCCGCCGAGGCCAAGUGGUAG